UCGUCUUAUUGCCCCCCAAUCUCUCACUGUUGGUCUUCUUCUUCUUCUCCUUCUCCUUCUUCUUCUUCUUCAUCUUCUCUAUUUUGUUGUUUUCUCUUCUGGGUGUACUCUCUGUAUUCCUCUAUCUCUGCCAUUGUUUCAUAAAUUUAAUGAGCGAAUGACUACAUCAUUAUCUGAUUGAUGAUUUUCAUUGUCAACAACUUACAUACAUACAUGUUCCAAAAAGCUGAUUCAGUGAGUAGUUGAAGGAUCAAUCAAGGAACUUGUCUCAGCAAUAUUCAUUCUCUGUGUUACAUAUAUUACACAUAUAAUGAUGAGAUAUCAGAGAGUCAGCCCAGAUUGUCUUCCUUUGAGCAAUGGAAAAAAGACCAACAUCAAUGGCAGAAUUCUACAAACUAAUAACGGUACUAGUACAAAAGCAGCAAUUGUGAGUAGCAGCACUACUAGUUGUUCAACUCUGGAUGGCAAAGGAUUUAGAUUCAGAUCCCCAUCAAGAACCCAAGACCAUCCUAGCCAUCAUAUUGAGGCUUCAACUGCAACACCCACUUCUCCUCAAUCAGAGAACAACCAUGAUUCUCCACCACCACCAAAGAACCAACAGACCCCAAGUCCCAGUGCUAGCCCCAGCAACUGUGGAGGUACUGGUGCUUGUGGAGGUGAUAUGCUUUUGCAGUGGGGGCAAAGAAAGAAAGCAAGGGUCUCAAGGGCUGAGAUCCGAGCUCUCACUGAUGACUCAUCAUCUUCAUCCUCAGCUGCUAUCAAGGCUCAGAGAAAAUCUUCCUCCACAAGUAUGCCACCACCUCCACCUCCUCUUCCUUCCACUUCUGCUUCUAAUGCCAGCAGACCCAGAAGGGAAGCUUCUGCCUUUCUUUCGAACAGGAACUUAGAUGAGAGAUCUGGUUGUGGUGGAAAUGGAUCACCAUCAAGAAACGGUACUAGCAGUAGCAGCAGGGUCAUCUCUAGAUCUAUGGUAGCUGGGAAACGAUCUCCUCCUCCUGAAAAACUUGAUAGAAAGAUGUCUUCGGCAAAAGAUGAUAAUAAGCCAAAUGGGUCUUCUUUACUAGCCACUGAUCGAAUGAACCAUGUUGAUUCUGCUUCUGCUCAUCAAGCAUCACAACCAGAACAGGAAGCUGCUGGGGCCACUAACACUGCUGCUCCACUGGCUGGAGGAGCAGGAGAAAAGUUGAAUGCUGAAGUGAUUGAGUGGCCUAGAAUUUACGUUGCUCUCUCAAGAAAGGAAAAAGAAGAUGAUUUCCUUGCAAUGAAAGGCACAAAGCUCCCUCAAAGACCCAAGAAAAGAGCCAAGAACAUUGAUAAAGCUCUACAGUAUUGUUUUCCAGGGAUGUGGCUAUCUGACUUGACAAGGAAUCGAUAUGAGGUUAGGGAGAAGAAAAAUGUGAAGAAGCAAAAGCGAAGGGGUUUGAAAGGAAUGGAGAGCUUGGACAGUGAAUCUGAGUAGUAGUGAAAUUUUUUAUUCAAUUCUGCUUGAGAAAAAGUUUUGGGGGGCCUUCUCAAGUCUCAACAAAGCUGGUGCCUGUUUGUUGGUUUAUAGUUGGUGGGGUAGGGUCCACCAACCACUUUUUGCAAUUCACCUGCCCCCAUACUUAUGUAUCACUGAGUUGCUGUUAAUGAUAUCAUCCUAGAGGUUGAGGAACAGGAAAGAAUGAAUGAGAGAGAAAAAAGAAAAGAAAAGGUGACAUCUUAAUUUUCUGGUAGAUCAGAUGUCAUAAUAUUUUGAUCCCGGUUGCCUAUAAAAAGACAGUAAUUUCAUGAGUA